CGUCAGUUGCAGGCCACGUCAACAGUGCCACGCCAAUAGCAGUGCCACGACAACCGAUGCCACGUCAGCAGGGCCACAUCAGCAGUACCCCGUCAUCAACACCGUACAGCUAACUGCAGCUUAUGCUCCGACGCAGCAACCGCAUCGCAGCACGAGAAGGGCGGGCAGCCGCAGCAGAACAGCAGCUACCUCUGCCCCACCCCUCUGAAAUGGACACCCAGGGCAACCCCACGGUGGACAAUGCCACAUCCGGCAGUCCACGGGAGGAGUGCAGUUCAAACCCCACGGGCCCACGGGCCCAACAGGAGGGUUCCAUUGCGACUUCGGUGGGAACCCUCGACGCUGCACCAGUCUGGCAGCAAGGAGAGACCAUGACGGCCUUCUUGGCCCGCCUGGGCACCUAUAUGCAGCAAGUCCAAGAGGAGCAGCAACGCGAGGCGGCAGCCGAAGCAGCACGCCUUAAUGCCAUUGCACGCGCAGAAGAGCAACGACGCCGGCACCAAGCUGACACAGCUGCCAACCACAACCAAGCUCAAAGAGAUGCCGCGUUUGUCCUCAUGCAGCAGGAAGCCGCUCAUACUGCCGCACUCCAAGCAUGGCAUGUUGAUCCGGCGGAAACGACGGAACCAACUACGGAGGACCAGACUAAGUCAGCUCUCACCAGCAUCAUGCACAAAGUCAUCCUCACUUGUAACUGGCAACAAGUGGAGCUGGCUCGGCAGGCACGUACCAUCACUGAGUAUGAGGAAACUCUCAAGAGCCUCCACGCCCGCCUUGACAUGCUGGAGAAGGAUGACGUGCCGCACAGGCACACGGCAUCGUCAAGCAUGGAUCCAUCGAUCCGCGAGCUGGAAGGACGGCUGGAUCACCUAGUCGCGAUGAUCGGCAACUUGAACAGUUUCCGACACCCGACGACCAUCAGCCAGCAAAUAGCCGCCCUACAAGCGGAUCUGCGUCAACUGCAGCAGCAACCAACUGGGACCUGCAACAACGUGACGCCGAAACAAUUCAAGAUGCCGAAGUUCAGCAUCGACAAGUUUGAUGACUACCACAAAGCGGACCCCAUUAGUUGGUGGCAAGGGUUCACCAAUGAGCUCUCCAUCCACUUGGUCCCGCCAAAGUCGAAGAUCUCAGCACUCUACCUCUACAGCACCGGUGCCAGCCAAGUGUGGCUCAACCACCUGGCGUCGAAGCCUCUCAGCUUCACACCAAGAUCACUUGGGAGGCCAUGACUGAGAAGUGGCGGAAACGCUUCAUUGUCAACGACGC